UUAAUACGAGCACAUACUGUUCACAGACGUACUGAUUGUCUGACCAUUCCUAACAUCCUACGACCGAGUACGCACUCGUAUUAUACUGUUACAAUAUAUAUAUAUAUAUAUUAUUAACAGUCAAUUUAUUAUUAUUUACACCGACAGAAUAGCACACGGAAACAUGUUACUAUUGCCGGCCAGCGAAACGCAACUGGAGAAACUGAAAGCCGAAGAAUUCUAUCAGCCGCCAGAGAGAAUCGAAGAAGAUGUCACUCAGCUCAUGGAAUGGCUCACCAAGCAGCCGCACUUACCCGACGUCACAGAUAGGAAAUGGUUGUCUCAUUUCAUUAUAGGCUGCAAAUACAAUUUACAACGAUCGAAACAAGUAAUUGACGCAUACUUCACCGUACGGGAAGAGCUACCGGAUUUUUUCGGUGGAUUGAGCGAACAAGAUUUAAAAAAUGCUGCUCACCACGGACAUAUGAGUUUGUUCCCGAAACUAACACCAAACGGUGAGAGAGUUUUUUGCACAAGAACCCAUCCCACAUCUGAUGACGAUCAAUUUGAAGCCCAGCUGAUCAUUAAAACGGCUAUUGCAGUUUUGGAUUUAGAACUGAAAGAUACACCAAUGUAUGGAAACAUAAUUCUGUUAGAUUUGGAGUUCGUUCGUUUGAAUCAAUUUUUGGCCUGUACCCCGACUUUGACCAAAAAUCUUCUGCGGUGUACCAUUGACGCAUUCCCGUUGAGAGUAAAAGCUAUUCACUACGUGAAUCCACCUAAGUUCAUGAGCCGUCUCAUUAACUUCUUCAAAAUGUUUUUGCCGAACAAAAUCAAGGACAGAUUGUUCGUACACGACACAUACGAUAGUCUUUACGAACAUGUUUCUAAGGAUGUUUUACCAGAAAAAUAUGGCGGCUCAGCUGGAAAAAUUGAAGAAAUGGAAGAUAAACUGAUUGAGCAUUUACUACAAAACAAAGAAUGGUUCGAGAGUCGGCCAAGAGCAGAUUUGUCAAAACGUCCUUUUUCAGAGAAAACCGAUGAUCUUGGAACUGACGGUACAUUUAAGAAACUCGCUAUUGAUUAAGCAAGGAACGCUACUUCUAUUUCAUUAGGUAUUAUUAAUUUCAAAAAAAUAUAUUGGUUUGGAAAAAAAAAAUGGAACAUUAUUACAAAUUAUUUCAAGAACUACCUAUACUUAGAAGUUAAUUGAUUUGAAAGAAAUAUAUUUAUACCUGUUUAAUGCAAAAA